AUGUUGACGAGGCUGUUCAGCGAGCCCAGCCUGCUCCCCGACGUGCAGAAAUUCCCCGGCUGGGCGGAGGAGUGCGAGGAGGAUGAGCGGAGCGACCAGGAGGAGCGCAGCGGCAAGACGCGCCCGCUGCAGGAGGAGCCGCGGGAAGGCUCCCUGGGCGAAAGCAAGGAGGAAGGGGACCUAGGCGGGGACGAGGACGAGGAGGAGGAGGAGGAGGAGGAAGGGGUGGAGGAGGCCGAGGGGGACCGGCCCAAGAAGCGCGGCCCGAAGAAGAGGAAAAUGACCAAAGCGCGGCUGGAGCGCUCCAAGCUGCGGCGCCAGAAGGCCAACGCGCGGGAGCGCAACCGCAUGCACGACCUGAACGCGGCGCUGGACAACCUGCGCAAGGUGGUGCCCUGCUACUCCAAGACCCAGAAACUCUCCAAGAUCGAGACGCUGCGGCUGGCCAAGAACUACAUCUGGGCGCUGUCCGAGAUCCUGCGCUCGGGCAAGCGGCCCGACCUGGUCAGCUACGUGCAGACUUUGUGCAAGGGCCUGUCCCAGCCCACCACCAACCUGGUGGCCGGCUGCCUCCAGCUGAACUCCCGGAACUUCCUCACGGAGCAAGGCCAGGAGGCGGCGAGGUACCACGGCCCCAACUCGUCCUUUGCCCUGCACCCCUACAGCUACCCGUGCUCGCGGCUCUCCGGCACGCCGUGCCCGCCCGGCCCCAUGGGCAGCUCCCACGCCUUGCGGACACACGCCUACUGCGCCAGCUACGAGACCCUCUAUGGGAACGCGUCCCCCGACUACAACAGCUCGGAGUACGACGCCCCCCUGAGCCCCCCACUGUGUAUCAAUGGCAACUUUUCCCUCAAGCAAGACUCUUCCCCGGACCACGAGAAAAACUAUCACUAUUCUAUGCAUUACUCCGCCCUGCCAAGCUCCCGGCCGGCCGGCCACAACUUGGUGUUCGGCUCCUCCGGGGUGCGCGGCGGGGUGCACUCCGAGAACAUCCUGCCUUACGACAUGCACCUGCACCACGACAGAGGCCCCAUGUACGAGGAGCUCAACGCGUUUUUCCAUAAUUAA